AUGGCAUAUCAGUCUGAGAUCCUUCAUGGCUCUGAAAAAAAUUAUUUGUGUGAACAUUGUUCAAAAGCAUUUUCCGGUGCUUUCCAUUUAAAGACACAUCUGAGAGUACAUACUGGCGAGAAACCGUAUUCCUGUGUUCAGUGCUCAAAAGCAUUUCGCGACGCUUCCAAUUUAAAAAAACAUUUGAGAGUACAUACUGGAGAAAAACCGUUCUCCUGCAAGCACUGCUCAAAGUCAUUUUUCUGCGCUGCAGAUUUGAAGACACAUCUAAAAACCCAUACUGGCGAGAAACCGUAUUCCUGUGUUCAGUGCUUUAAAGCAUUUACUGUUGCUUCCGCUUUAAAGAAACAUUUGAGAGUACAUACUGGAGAGAAACCGUAUUCCUGUGAAUAUUGCUCAAAGGCAUUUUCUGAUGCUUCCUAUUUAAAGACACAUCUGAGAUUACAUACUGGAGAGAAACCGUAUUCCUGUGUACAGUGCUCAAAAGCAUUUUCUUAUGCUUCCAAUUUAAAGAAACAUCUGAGAUUACAUACUGGAGAGAAACCGUAUUCCUGUGAAUAUUGCUCAAAGGCAUUUUCCAGUGCUUCCGAUUUAAACAAACAUCUAAGAGUACAUACUGGAGAGAAACCGUAUUCCUGUGUACAGUGCUCAAAAGCAUUUUCUUAUGCUUCCAAUUUAAAGAAACAUCUGAGAUUACAUACUGGA